GCAAAGCAGAUGGUUUGUUGUUGUUCUGCAUGCAGGUUGAGGAGAUUGAAAACUGUAGGUGAGGAAUUCAGCAGAGACACAGGGAGAGACAGAAGUUUUGACUGGGAGUAAAGCCAAAAACCUAUGGAUCUUCAACAGAUUGCAGAUUAGAAACGUGAAGUGUAUCGGCCUCAUUCUUCUUGGUUUCACUGGAGGAAGAAGACUUCUAGGCCUUUGACUUUCUAUCAGAACUUCCUGGGAUAACGGUUGUCCCACACGGCUAUCUGAAGAAGAGAAAAGACAGGGAAAGAGAGAAAUAAAGUGCAAAAACCACCCUGCCUCGGAAGGGGAAGAAGGACGGUGGUCCUAAGAGGGAGGAGGAGAUGCGCGAGGAGGUUUCCUGCGCCAACUCCCCCGAGGGGGGGCUGGGGGCCAGCGAGGAGGAGCUGGAGAGGGGCUCCAAGAAGAGCGGGCAAACAGGGGGCCGAAAGCGGGUGCCGUACCACAAGAAAGACAAUCUGGGUCGGGUCGAGGAGAGGGCCAUUGUCAGCGGGAGCCCCAACAGCCUGGUUCCGUCGGGGCCCAAGCGGCAGAAGAAGCAACAGAACUCCCCCAUGGCGGUGGUGUGUGUGGCCCCUUCCUCGCUGGUCUCCAGCGGCCUCGGCUUAGGUUCGGGCGGCGAGCCCUUCGAGGACCUGCACACGCAGCGAGUGAUCGCCAACGUGCGCGAGCGCCAGCGUACGCAGUCACUGAACGAUGCCUUCGCCUCGCUGCGUAAGAUCAUUCCCACGCUGCCAUCGGACAAGCUGAGCAAGAUUCAGAUCCUGAAGCUAGCGUCGCGCUACAUCGACUUCCUCUACCAGGUACUGCAGAGUGAUGAGAUGGACGCCAAGCUGGCCAGCUGCAACUACUUGGCCCACGAACGGCUCAGCUAUGCCUUUUCCGUCUGGAGGAUGGAGGGCGCCUGGGCCAUGUCAGCCAGCCACUAGUGUCCCCUAUCUGUCCUGCUCUACCCGUCCUGUUCUGUCCUAACCCCACUAUCUCUGUCCUCCACCUAAGCCACUAUCUCUGCCCCCUAUUGUAACCCCUAACCCACUAUCGAUGUAACCCCUAAAGCCACCAUCUCUGUCCUCCUUUAAGCCAUUAUCUCUGCCCCUCCUUCUAACCACAACCCAGAGUCACUGUUCACUUCCCAACCUUUUUACCCAUUCUGUCCCAAUGUGUCACUCACCUAUCCACUGCCCCAUCACUCCCACCAUACCCGUUCACCAUUCGACCUUGCCCCUCCCCUUCCGCCUCAAAUGCCCCCUGACAAUGUAGCCCCUAACUCCACAAGCGUCUACGGUGCACCCCUGCAGGAAGGACGCCAAAUGGAUGGACUCAUCUCCCUCUCUUUAAAAGGUCUGUUCCUGUCGAACCAGUAGUUCCCCCCGCUAUACCCUUAUCUCCCCUUCUUUGGAAGCCCUGCCCCACAGACAUGGGCAUUGGACCGGACACAUGCUUCGGUUUAAGGACAGAUAUCCAGUCGACUCUCCUUUUGCAGCCUGACAGACAGUAUGAUAAUGCCAACAUACAGUAUGUGACAAACUUCGGAACUGAAGUGAGGAGGAUACGUAAGGGUCACAUGAUGAACUUUCUGUACGUUAAAAACGUCCAACGCAUCGGCCCUGUCCCUUUCCCUUUAUGCCACUUCAAAAGACUCUUUAAAAGAGGAAGAUUCUUUGACCACUGAGAUGACUUACGAUCGUGAUAAUUGCAGUGAUGAUCGUCAUAAGGAUGCCAGAGUAAUCGAUAGCUGGUGGUCCCAGCCCAACGAAUGUUUACAGCAAAGAUGCUUAUAAGCUUUAGGCUUUUCAACCUCAAAUGUAUAGGUAGGAAAAGCCAAAGAAGCCCGACGCACAUUUUCAGCAGUUGUAUAAACGAAUCGGCUUGAUUUCUGUUGCCUUGUACAUGUUUUUCUCUGUGUUGCAUUAUUUCCCUUCACAGCGAAUGGAUUUAGCAUGUGCAUAUGCAUAUUACAUUAUAAUGACUUUAUAUUAGAGUAAUUAAGCAAUAAUCUAUGCAGGCAACCUGUAAUACAUGAGUAAUGCACACAGUUUUGUAGCAUGCACAGAUUAUGGAUAGAUUAGACACAGAUUAUGGAUAGAUUAGACACAGAUUAUGGAUAGAUUAGACACAGAUUAUGGAUAGAUUAGACACAGAUUAUGGAUAGAUUAGACACAGAUUAUGGAUAGAUUAGACACAGAUUAUGGAUAGAUUAGACACAGAUUAUGGAUAGAUUAGACACAGAUUAUGGAUAGAUUAGACACAGACAUAGUGGAUAGAUUCCAUUAAUGUCUUUCUGAUAUAUUGUUACUUGUCUGUAGGAUUUAAGUAUGAAAAAACCUAAUAUGCAAAACAACAAUGAAAUAGUACAUUACAUAAAGAGUAACAGAUAACAUUUUGUUGUACUUUGUGCAAGUGACGGUCUAGUAGUUUUAAAUGCAAGACGAGAGGAAAAUAUAGUUUGAAUAUUGUAAGUUUAGUAAUUCCUCAGGAUUUCUCUUUAAGAUUGUGCAUAGUACUUACUGCAAUACCCUAUCAGUAAAUGUAUUAAGAAUGGAAAACAGUGCCAUGUACUUUUUAAAAACAUUUGAUAAAUUUAGAUUUUGUGCUACUGGGUAUUGCUAGGUCACGGCAAUGUUAUCUGAUAUACUGUCGCCAGAAAAUGUAGUUUGUCAAUAUUUUUUCAUCCUAAUGCUCAGCUGUGGUGCUCUUAUAUUUUUUUUGUCUCCAGCUUUUCAUUACAUGAGCUCCUGUGGAAAAUAAUAAUAAAUGCUGUUUUAAUAAAAUACCACUGAAAUAAGUCUGGAAAAAGCCCAUUUUCAAAGA